AUGGAGAUCAAGGAUAUGAAGGAACUCAAAUGGCCUGUCAGAAUGAGGUCACCACCCGAAUCCAGGGACAUGAACAAGUACUGUGAGUUCCAUCGGGAUCAUAGGCAUACCACGGAGAACUGUAAGGCCCUGCAAUGGGAGAUUGAAGCCCUUAUUAAAAGAGGACUCCUGAGUUCCUACCUCGGUAACGACAAACACCUGAAGAAUGAUCGUGGCAAGGAAAAAGCCCCUGAGACAAAAAGGGAUUGUCAACCCACUGCUGGAAUCAUCAAUAUCAUCAUUUGGGGUAUUGCCUCGGGAGGAGACUCCAACAGUGGAAGAAAACAAUAUGCCCAACAAUAUGCCUUGGCCUCUGGGAUGCCUCAUGGAAAGCUGGAGGAUAUUACUUUUGGCACCGGGGACUUAGAAGGUGUAUCACUUCCACAUGAUGAUGCCUUGGUAAUCUCAGCGAUUGUGGCCAAUUUUGAAGUAAAGAGAAUCUUGGGGUUUGGGAGAGGAGUCAUCACUCCAGAGAGUGUCGUCGAGCUUCCUCUAACUUUGGGUUCUGGCCAGAAACAGGUUACGGAGAUGACAUCUUUUCAAGUGGUACAUGUCUCAAUGGCCUAUAACGCUAUUCUGGGAAGACCACUCCUGAACAAGAUUAAAGCCAUUGUGUCUACCUUCCACCUAGCCAUGAAGUUUCCAACAAGUAAUGGCAUUGGGGUCAUGCGUGGAGACCAGACAGCUGCCAGACAAUGCUAUGUUGCCAACAUUCGAGAAAUAAAUAACGACGUCAUGCAAAUCUCGAGGAUGGAUCCUGAGGACGGGCAAUAA